AUGGGAAUGACACAGCUCAACGGAGACGAGACCCACGAUCUGCUUCAGGCCGAGAUCGAACGCCUGAAGCACAAGUCUGAGGAGGACCAUGCAGCGUUUCAGGCCGCUCUGAGGCAAAAAGACUGCAAGAUUCUCGAGAUGGAGCGGCAGCAACAGCCUCUACAGCAGAUAGUGGGUUCGCUCCAAACACAGUACACUGAACUGAUCGACAUCUUACUCAGUUACAGAUCUCAGUUGUUUGAGAAGAUGGUGCGAAGCAAAGCGAACGCAGUGCUGGAAAAAUCUCAACCGAAGAGCGAAGGCGAUCAGCAGACUGAGCUUUCUGCAAGAUCCAAAGCUGAAAACGUUGAGUCAAAACAGGAAAUCGAGGAGCAAACAUCAACAGCCCAACCCCGUCAAAAGCAGCUCAACCCCUCGAACAUACAGUAA